UCGCCCCGCCCGGCGCUCUGUCGCUCCGCAGUGCUGUGAGGCGCUGUGCUGCUCGGCGGGAUCUGCGGCGAGUCUGAGUCUGAUGUUCUGCUAACCUGGUGUGAGGAGGUCGUUGUCAGCCCAGAUGCAUUUGAGACUUCUCGCAUUUUUCACCCUGAUCAACAGUACGGUGAUGCUGAGCCAGACUUCACGCAAGCUGAGUGCCAGCAGGGACGUGACAGAAGACUGUAAGGGCUGUCUGGAGUGCUCGGGGGACAACGGGUGCCUGAAGUGCCCGGAAAAGCUGUUCCUGUUCAUCCGCAGGGAGGGGAUGCGGCAGCAGGGCUCCUGCCUCCACGCCUGCCCCGCCGGACACUUCGGGCUGCGCGGCCAGGACGUGAACAGGUGCAUCAAAUGCAAGACCCCCAACUGUGAGAGGUGUUUCAGCAAGGAUUUCUGCAUGAAAUGUAAAGUAGGUUUCCUGCUGUUUAAAGGCAAAUGCCUGAGCGACUGCCCGGAAGGCACUGUUCCUCACCUGACGGACUGCGUCGAAGGGUGUGAGCUGGGCUUCUGGGGUGAAUGGAGCCCCUGCAGCCACAAUGAGCGGAGCUGUGGACAGAGGUGGGGGUCACAGAGCAGGGACAGAGAGCUGUCCAGGAGGGGUCCUGACGAGGCCACAGCCUGCCCCCCGCAGAGCGAGACCAGGAGGUGCAGGCUGAAGAAGAGGUGCCCUGGAGCAGAGAAAAGGAAGAAUGAGAAGAAGAAUGGAAGGAAGAAAGGCAGGAAGCAGCGGAAGCCACAGGUCACUGCUACGGUAACAGCUCAGGCCAGCGCCACGGUAACAAAGCGGGCAGGCGCCGUGGUGACAGAACCUCCGGGAGGGACCUAGAGAUGUCAGGAGGCUGCGACCCUGGAGCGAGUCCGAGGCAGCAGGGGCUACUUGAACAGUAUUGUGUUGUUGGUUUUUCAAGUGCAUGGUUUCACCAAAAGGAUCCGAUUGGAGAACCUCAUUUUAAUCACACGUCCAUGACUCUAUUCUCCAGGGUUUUCACAGUUGUGCCUGAUAAGAAAUAAAAAUUCUCACAGCUUCAGAUAAGUAUUCAGAAACGUAAAAAUGGUUAUGAACACUACUGAAGACAUUUUUAUUAUCGUUGUUGUUGUAUAAAUGGCAAUGCAAUUAAUAUUAUUUCAAUAACAACUCUUGCUGUGGCUAGGAUUCACUUUUGUCCCACUUUUUUCUUUUUAAGCUGUUUGAAACAAAGAUUAACAUUCCGAUCAGUCCAUGACUGUGCAGUGAUAGAAGUUUAAUGUUUAGCUCCUGUGCUUAUUGUUUAAUUUAAUUUUACUUCUUGGUAUUGGCUCAGCAAGGCUGUCUGUCUGCAGGAUUAACGUUUUUGAGCACCACAGCAAUAUCGUGCCUUGUGUAAAGAGUGAAGCCAGUGGAACUUCCUUUAUCACUAUCAGCAGUCUGAUUCCAUUAAGGGGACAUGAGCUGACAGUGGUCACUGCUGUUUUGAUAACAGACUGUCUGAGAGCUUGUGGAAAGUAAAACGGGUUGUUUGUGAUGGACUGAAGGCCACUUAAUCGAUGCUCCAGCUUGCAGGAGUGAUUACAAGAAAUAUUCUUUUCAGGCUCCUGCCAGUAGAGAACUGAAUAAAAUCUGCAUUAAUAACUGUUCCUUCAAACCUGUUUGAGCUGACAUGCUGGUCUGCAGGUUGUGACAGACUGGUAUUGGGCCUUUUUCUUUGCACAAUAAGCACCACAGACUUAUUUAAAAUUUACAGAAUGUAAGAAAGGUUACAAAUGAGAGCAGGUCCUACAUCCCAUCCACUGUAGCUCAUCUGUGUGCUUGUAGCCAUGUGAUCUGAGGAGCUCAAUCAGCUACGUUUUUCAAAAUGCCAGAGGGAUGGUUUAGACACCUCCACAACCCUUUAUGGAAAAUAGUAUUCUUAACAAUACUGGAUUUAGCAUAUAUAGAUGGUAUAUUAUUAUUAAUAUUAAUAUUAUUAUUAUUGCCAGUUUAAAGUCAUAGUUUUUCUGUUCCCUUCCAUUUCUCCUGUCAGUUCACUGAGAAGGUCAGUGGUUCAUUUGGUGGUGUUAGUGGGAUCUCACAGUUCGGCUAGAUGCUCUCUACAGGUACUGAGGCUGAUGGGAGUUUGAGGGCAAUGGACAACCCAGAGGAACGUACAGGAGGGAGCUCCUGUAACAUUCUUCUUCCACAGGGGGCUUUCAGAUCAGGAGGCAACAGCCUCAGCAUUGCCAGUCAAUUCCAUUGCAAGUUUAAUCCUUAAUCAUUUGAUCAAUCCCCAGUAAUAGAAUGAACUGAGCAGUUUUCAUUCUGCUCCAGGGAUGAUAAACAACAGGAACAAUUCCAAACAAUUCCAGUUCUACAGGAUUACUAACAUUAAACUUAUCUUUGAGUGCUUGAUGCAGGAACAAUUUCAUCAACUCCUUCUAGCAAGAAUGUGGGUACGUCUCAUAAGACACACACUUCAGGCUGGUGUCUGAUCUGAACUGUGCCUGCAGCCCCACCCUCCACCUCCCAUCAGCUCACUGGGGGUUUAGAUUAAAGACAGAAUAGCCCAGAGCCCCACAAACGGCUCUUUCAGGAGUAGCCCAGUUUGCUUUUAUGUACCUCCUGGUCCUCGCUGAGCUCCUGAGACAGGGCAGAGGGGGCUUUGAUUUGGUUUGGCCCCGGCCCAGUGAGGUGAGGCUCCUGGGAACUGUGUGGCUGUUCCUGCGGUGACUCAGCAGGGCUGGGAGCAAAAGCUUUGAUGGCCGGAGCGCGCGUCUGCCUCCCAGGGAGAGCCAUGCCCUGCUCCCACCCCCGGGAGUGGGUUGAAGACGUACGUGUCCCUGGGCCUCCGCCUCCAUUCCUCACGGAAUUCUUGGACUGAUGUGCACUUUUACAGGCAUUUCCAUGAGGAAAAGAGCUGAAAAAUGUUUUUACAAAAAAAUGAAAUACAGAGAUAUCCCUAUUUGCGCUUAUUACUCUUCUAUUAUUUCAUAAUAAA